CUCACACACACACACUCUCUCUAUCUCUCUCUCCCCUGCACACUCACUCAUUCUCUUUCUCACACACACACUCACCCUCCCUUGUCCAAUUAUAAUAUUCAGCAGCAGCAGCUAUCAGGCUCUCUCUCUGUUUUCCUCUGUCUUUCCACCGCCACAAAAAAAAAAAAAAAAAAAAAAAAGACUCACUUCCAUCGCUUUUGCACUGAGGUCCCAGGAUUCUUGAGCUGAGCCCAGCUGACAAGCUUUUGAAGAUGGCACAAUAACAGUCCAGUGAUGCCUGACCAUGACAGCACAGCCCUCUUAAGCAGGCAAACCAAGAGAAGAAGAGUUGAUAUUGGAGUGAAAAGGACGGUAGGGACAGCAUCUGCAUUUUUUGCAAAGGCAAGAGCAACAUUUUUUAGUGCCAUGAAUCCCCAAGGUUCAGAGCAAGAUGUUGAGUAUUCAGUGGUGCAGCAUGCAGAUGGGGAAAAGUCAAAUGUACUCCGCAAGCUGCUGAAGAGGGCGAACUCAUAUGAAGAUGCCAUGAUGCCUUUUCCAGGAGCAACCAUAAUUUCCCAGCUGUUGAAAAAUAACAUGAACAAAAAUGGUGGCACAGAGCCCAGUUUCCAAGCCAGCGGUCUCUCUAGUACAGGCUCAGAAGUACAUCAGGAGGAUGUAUGCAGCAACUCUUCAAGAGACAGCCCCCAAGAGUGUCUUUCCCCUUUUGGCAGGCCUGCUAUGAGCCAGUUUGAUAUGGAUCGGUUAUGUGAUGAGCACCUGAGAGCUAAGCGCGCCCGAGUUGAGAAUAUAAUUCGGGGUAUGAGCCAUUCCCCAAGUGUGGCGUUAAGGGGCAAUGAAAAUGAAAGAGAGAUGGCUCCACAGUCUGUAAGUCCCCGAGAAAGCUACAGAGAAAACAAACGCAAGCAAAAGCUGCCUCAACAGCAGCAACAGAGUUUCCAGCAGCUGGUUUCAGCUCGAAAAGAACAGAAGCGAGAGGAGCGCAGACAGCUGAAACAGCAGCUGGAGGACAUGCAGAAACAGCUGCGCCAGCUGCAGGAAAAGUUCUACCAAAUCUAUGACAGCACUGAUUCCGAAAAUGAUGAAGAUGGUAACCUGUCUGAAGACAGCAUGCGUUCAGAAAUCAUGGAUGCUAGAGCAAGGGAUUCUGUUGGCAGGUCAGAUAAUGAAAUGUGUGAGUUAGACCCAGGGCAGUUCAUUGAUCGUGCAAGAGCCCUGAUCAGGGAACAAGAAAUAGCCGAAAAUAAGCCUAAAAGAGAAGGUCCUAAGGAAAAAGAACACAGGCCAAACGCUUUCCAUCCAGAAGGCAAACAUUUGGCUGAGACCUUGAAACAGGAACUGAACACUGCCAUGUCACAAGUUGUGGACACAGUGGUUAAAGUUUUCUCAUCCAAGCCCUCCCGCCAGCUUCCUCAGGUCUUUCCACCUCUUCAAAUCCCUCAAGCAAGAUUUGCAGUUAAUGGGGAAAACCACAACUUCCAUACCACAAACCAGCGCCUGCAGUGCUUCGGUGAUGUCAUCAUUCCAAACCCACUAGAUACAUUCAGCAAUGUGCAGAUGCCUAAUUCCACAGACCAAACAGAAGCACUGCCCCUUGUAGUUCGCAAAAACUCAUCUGACCAAUCUGCAUCAGCCCCACCGCCUGGUGGCCAUCACGCUUCUCUGCAUCAAUCUCCACUCUCAGCUACCACGGGCUUCACCACAUCUUCUUUCCGCCAUCCCUUUCCGCUUCCCCUCAUGGCAUACCCAUUUCAGAAUCCCUUAGGUGCUCCAUCUGCCUCCUUUCCAGGGAAAGAUAGAGCCUCCCCAGAAUCCUUAGACUUAACUAGGGAGACCACGAGUCUGAGGACCAAGAUGUCGUCGCACCAUAUGAAUCACCAUCCUUGUUCACCAGCACACCCUCCCAGCACAGCUGAAGGUCUCUCUUUGUCUCUCAUAAAGUCUGAGUGUGGUGACCUACAAGAUAUGUCUGAAAUCUCACCUUACUCGGGAAGUGCAAUGCAGGAAGGUCUGUCACCCAAUCACUUGAAAAAGGCUAAGCUCAUGUUCUUUUACACCCGGUACCCAAGUUCCAAUAUGCUGAAAACCUACUUCUCAGAUGUAAAGCACCAUUCAUCCAGAAGAAGCCCAAAGUGCUUUACAAACUGCCUAUAUAGGGAUCACUCACCCACCACUGAAAUGCAGCCACCUCCGUGGUGGAACGCGACAGCCAUUCUGGGUCAGCAACACCACACAACAGUAGAUUUCAACAGAUGCAUUACCUCUCAGCUCAUCAAGUGGUUUAGCAAUUUCCGUGAGUUUUACUACAUUCAGAUGGAGAAGUAUGCGCGUCAGGCCAUCAACGAUGGGGUCACAAGUACUGAAGAACUGUCUAUAACCAGAGACUGCGAGCUAUACAGGGCUCUGAACAUGCACUACAAUAAAGCAAAUGACUUUGAGGUUCCAGAGAGAUUCCUGGAAGUGGCUCAGAUCACGUUACGAGAGUUUUUCAAUGCCAUUAUCGCAGGCAAAGAUGUUGAUCCUUCCUGGAAGAAGGCCAUAUACAAGGUCAUCUGUAAGCUGGACAGUGAGGUCCCUGAGAUUUUCAAAUCCCCAAACUGCCUACAAGAGCUUCUUCAUGAGUAGAGAUUUCAAAAACUAUUUAUGAAUGUAUGAGAAGUAGCAGUCCCCUUUUGAUGCCCAAGUUGUGUGUAUCUUUAUUUUAAUUUCCUAUAUAGGUAUAUCAUAUACAUAUAUGUGUGUAUGAAAUCAGACUAUAGGGGGCUUUUUUUUUUUGGUCAGUUACAAGGGGGAAUAGUUAUUUUACUUCACCCUUCAGUUUACUUUUGCCCAAGACCCUUAACAUUUGGAGAAUAAAUGGGGUUAAUUUUCAGGGAGAAGAAUUUUGAAGUGUGUAAAAGCCUGUCUUAGCAAGUUAGGGCAUUAUGUUUUAAAAUGCUUUGUCAGAUUUAUUGCUUGCUGCAAAGUGGCAUUUUGUCUGAGUGAGACUCAUGUCACGGCACAAUAUUACAAACAAUGAAGUUUAUAUUAUGUUUAUACUGCUAAAGGUCUGAACUCUGUGAAGUUAUUUCAUAAGCUUAGAGCAUUAUUUUAUUUUAUUUUACUUUGCUUUUUAACAAAUAAGGUAGAUUUUGUUUCAUAUUUUUAAAAACUACAAACAUCCAUUUUAGGUUCUCACUCCAAAAAGUGAUACCCCCAAAAGGCAAACCCUAUUCUUCAAGCUUUCCCUUACACGAAUAACAUGUACCCUGCCCCAGUAAUUAACAUGCCAGGUAAUUUUUUUUUAUUGAGGCAAAGCAAUUUUGCACAAAACAGAUACUAUUCUUGCAGGGGGAAGCCAGUAAUUCAUGCACAAUAUUGUAUCAACCACACUAAUUUUAUAAUAUGGUCAGCUUACUUAACCGGAAGCAUUUCACUCUCCAUAAAGUAAAAACAAAACCUUUCAUCAUGCUAUAUUGCUGUGUGUUGGUCAUAUUUUAAUUGGCUCUUAGCUCUUGAAAUUUAUUCUUUACUCCGUUUUUUUUUCCAGGCAUAAAAAGAUUGCAGCCUAUAUUUGAUAGUUAGUAUUUUGCCCUGAAAAGCAAUUUUUUGAAUUACCUUUAUAUAGCAAAAGAAAGCAUUUUAGCCCAAAAGCUCUGAGGCAAAAAGGCCCUUUGUUUGUAGCUGUAAAAUAUCAUCAAUCUUUACCUAGUCACAAUCAUAAAAAUAACAUUUUUAUAAAAAUCCAUUAAACCACACACAAAAUUUACAGUAGUGUACUGUUGCCUAUGCAGAGUUAAGAUGGCCAAAUUUAAUUUUUGCAUUACUGGUAAGUGCGUCAUCAAAAACAAAUCUAUCUGAUCAGAGUGCCACAUUUGCGUUCUAAAGCAGAAGAUGGUAUUGACCAAAAUAUGAGUACAGUGUAAAGUAUAUGAAAGUUUUGGAUUCAUCUGAAUGAUAUGUCACAAUAUGUGAACAUAAUGCAAGAAAGCUAGCUGCUAGUUUUUAUGCUUUCUUCAGUGGUCCUCCUUUUUAUUUUCACAUUUUCAAAAAGGUAUAGUGUCCAAUAGUUUGGGGUUGUUGUUUUUUUUAAAGAUUCAAUGGCACUAUGUAUUUGUUAUUUUCUCUGUCAUCUUUUGCACAGAUGCAGUAAGAAUUUAGUGUUAUUUUGAAUUGUAUUUUCCCCUUAGGUAAUUUGAUACAAAUCUAGAGAAAGUUACAGAAUAGCCAGUAAUAUUUAGGCCAUCUAGGACAUCAAUAUUUUAUUUCUUUAACUUUAUUUUAAAAUUGCAUUUUGACUUUGGAGAGUGAAAGUUUACCCAUGUGACUAAAGAGCUGACCUGAUCAUUGCAAUUUCACUUCAUUUACAAAUACUGCUGAUAGACAGAAAUGUAUGAAAGCAAUUAUUGUCAGCACAAAGCCUUAAAAACCUGCUGACUUCAAAUUAAACAGCACAAUCCUGCGAUGCCCUGUCAUUAUUUUCAAGUACUGGAAGUAUCUGUGGAGUAUAGGCAAUGCAGACAAUAGCAUGGGAUGAAGUGCCAACAUUUUCACUAUGCAUUAAAAGCAAAACAAAUCUUCUUGAUCUUAAACUCCCUGUGAGUACCUAAUACUGUAGGCAUCCAUAGAGUAGACAGCAUGUGUCAUUCUUUUAUUUUGUGCAUGAUUUGGUAACUAUUACACUUCGUAAAGAUGUAAAUCCAAUCAGUUCCAAGUAAGAAAGAAGGAAAAUUGUGUUCAUGCACUUUUUUUUUUCUUUUUUAUUGAUAUGGGAGGAAGGGGCAUAAAAUGCUCAAGUUCUAAUACGAUUAGUUCUUCACUGGCAACCCAUUAAAUACAAAAUAUAACACUGCAUUGCCUCCUUGGACAUAAUAAAGUAAAGC